AUGAAUUCUGCUCCCACGACACCUGGUAGAUCCAUUGAAAAUCAAAAUGGAUCUAAAUCAGCUGAAACCGUUGGUACCCAUUUGAGAAGACAUGCCCAUGGAUUAUCUAGUAAAAGAAGAUUGGCACCUAGAGUUAGUUCACCGCUACCGAAAGAUAAUGAUACUACAACUAUCGAUAAGAUGGAUGUCAAUACAAUGUUUGAUACCGACAAGAGCCUGGUUAAAAUGAAUCAUUCACCGAUAAGGAUUGACCUAAGUUCGCCUACUAGACCUGAAGAAUCGGUUGACCGCCCAAUUCCUGAACCUAAAAGAUUAAAACUAGAAUUAGCAUCAGCACCUAACCUCUCACAACCAGAUACUGGUAUCGAAAUGAUUGAAAUGUUGGACCCCAAAAAUAGUCCUCAAAAGGAACAUGAUGAAGAUCCGUUUGAGUUGGAAGAAGCGAUUAGAGAGUCCAAAGAGAAUCAAGAUAGUGUUGCUAAUACACCUAAUAGCAAUGAAAAAAUGAACAGCAUUUUAGACUUGCACAAAUUAACCCCAGUCUACAACGAUGGAGAAAUGGAGGACCAAAACGAUACACCCGGAGAAGACUUAUUCCGAAUAGUAUCCAAGAGAAAUGAGGAUCUCGUAACUCAACUUCAUCAUUUAAACAGAAGCAUCAAUGAAGUGAUAAGCAGCUGUGAUUCUACCGUUGGUAAAUAUAGAAGGCAGAUUGAUAGUUUGAGGCAAGAUUAUGAAUCGAAAUUAGAGGAUAGAAUGAGUGAAAUGGCUUCAGUAAUUCAGGAAUCUAACACUUAUAAGGAAAGAUUCAAUAUUGCUAGGCGUAGGGUUAGUGAAACUAGAGAUGAAAUUAAGAUGAUAAACCAAAACCAAUCGAUUUUAAGGAAUAAAUAUGAAGGGGCAACAGCUGAGUUGGAAGAGUGCAGGAGGAAAUUAAACGAAUUGGAGGAGGAAAAUUCAAAAUUGAAAUCUGAAUCUUCGGAAAAUGGUAUCAAAUUUUCGAGACUAGAGAACAUGUAUCAGGAGGCGCUGCGGCGGACACAGAACUUAGAAACUGCGAAUCAAAAUGUAUUAGACGCACAAGCUGAAUCAGAUAGAAAAUUAGAUGCAUUAAGCCACGAAUUAGAUGACAGAAGUGAAGAAUGUCAAAAGUUAAAAGCUCAAUUGGAAGAAACUUUAGCGGCUCAGGAAGGUGGUAGGGACGAAAAGACAAGACAACUAGAAGAGUUGCUACGUCAUCGAGAAGAAUUAGAGUCACGAAUAUCUACUUUACAGAAAGAAUAUACGCACAGAGAAGAAAAUUUACAAUCGAAGGUACAGAACUUGGAAACAGAACUAAAAUCGAUUAAUCAAAACACGCAUACUCAUGAAUCUAACGAGGCUCAACUAAGACAAGAGCUGGAAUCCAAGGUGCAAGAGUGCCAACAUUGGCAGAAAAAUUACGAAACGGUUAAUGACGAUGUGGAAAUUCUUAGAGCAGAAGUUAAAGAGCUUUAUUCCGACAUUGAUGAGCAUAAAGAACUAAAACACUAUUUAGAAACCUCUAUUGCCCAAUUAGAGGAACAGGUAAAUGGAUGGCGCCAUAAAUAUGAAGAGCAUCGUAAAGAUUACGACAAAGUGCUAUUAGAAUUGGAUAGUAUACAUCUGAAGUACAACAACACAGAGGGUGAGCAUUUAACGGAAUUAGAACAAUUGCACGAUAAUCUAAGUUCUUUGCAAAUAACCCUCAAGAAGGAUUCAGAACUAAUUUCUCAAUUGACUCGUAAAAACGAAACUUUGGAAUUCCAAUUGAAAGAUCUACAAACUCCAUCUGAUGUACCGCAAUUGCACAAAGAAAUAGAAUCGUGGAAGGAGAAAUUUUAUAACAAAGAAGCUGAAUCUAACAGAUCUCUCAAACUGCUGGCAGAAGAUCUCUACAUCCAGUAUUCAUCCAAGCAUGAACAAAAGGUGAAACUACUAAAGAAGGGUUACGAAACCAGAUAUCAGGGCAAACUGGACAAAUUAUCAUUACAAAAUGAAGGCCUUGAACAGGAGGUAGACCAGUUGAAAUCUCAAUUAGCUACAGAACGCAAGGAAAAGCAGAAACUUAUCGGCCUGCUAGAGAAUCAAACUAACGAAGCCACCUAG